AAUAGGACUGUCAACACUAUAUAAGCUGACAUUUACCACUGUGCACAAAGAAGAAAGCCACCCGCCCCUGCAUCGAGAGUGAAGUCCUGAGACCAUAAAGAUGAGAGUUGCUGUGUUGCUGGCUGUGAUUGUUAUGUUCUGUGCUGCCGACGCUCAGAAAUGCGCUCUGGAUGGUCUGAUGAGCAGCCUGACAGAAUCUGUGGCCUCUGCAGUCCUGGGGAAAGUGACUCUGUCCUGCAUUGAUGUCCCAGGUAGUGGGUUCGAGGUGGAAUGUCCUAAAGGUUACAAGCCGACGGGCUGCUCCUGCACUAAUGCCGGCUGCUACUGGGAUAUCAGCAAUGACAAGACCUGCAUCUGCCAGUGUUCUUCAGUCACUAUGAACCGGAUCGGGGUCAUUGCACACUGCUGCAAGAUUGCCAUGUAGAAACCAGAAAAUGAUGGAAUCAACAUCUGGGUCUUGAGCAUUAGUUUUAAAGAUCCUUCUCUUUUCGGGAACUCACUUCCAACUUUUAUCCAGAAUGCUGAGUAUUUUUUAAAUCGAAGCUCAUAACAUAUGUCAUUGAUUUGGCCUUUCCCUAUUGAAUAGUCUGGAGCUCUUUUGGCAUGCUGUGUAUUUGUGUAACACGCCCUGGGAUGCUUGCACAGGAAGGACGCGGUAUAAAUGAUACUGGUAUGGUUAUUGUUAUGGUAUUGAAUAAAAAGGGUCUAAAAA